AUGACAGUACCAUGGAGCUUGUGCUGGUCUCUCUGUCUCCUACCUCUCCUCCUGACUCUGAGAGCAAACACCGCACACGCAGCUCCCGACUUCUCUCGAUAUCUUCACACAAUCCUGAAGAACCACACGGCUCAUGCAUGUGAAGGGAGCACGCUCGUCAUCGAGUGUCCCUCCAGGACGUCUGUGGCCAUCCUGUCUGCUUUCUAUGGACGACGAGUGCCUUACCAGCAUUUAUGUCCCUCUGCAAACACAAACACGAGUGUGGAGGAGGACACAGCGUGCAUGUCACCGGUUGCUAUAGAUAAAGUGUUGUCAGAGUGUCAGGAUCGACGUUCCUGUCACAUCCCUGUCUUCAGUGCAGUGUUUGGACAAGACCCCUGUCCGCUCACCAGCAAGUAUCUCCUCGUCUCCUACAAGUGCAGACCAGAGCACCAUCGCACAAGGCUUGUGUGUGAAAAUGAGCGUCUGAAGCUGGUGUGUAAAAAUGAGACCGUCCUCGCCAUUUACUCGGCCUCUUUCGGACACCUGCUGCAUGGAAGUCCUUACUGUCCUCAGGAACCUGGAUCACACAACGACAUGGAGUGUCUGUCAGCACUGGCUCUGAGGAAGGUGUCCCGCAGGUGUCAUGGGAGAGCAAGCUGUUCUCUCCUGGCCGAUACUCAAACCUUUGGUGACCCCUGUUUCUCCGGUACCAGGAAGCACCUGCGGGUGUCCUUCACUUGUGUUCCCCAGUAUCUUCUGGAAGACGUGGGUCGAGGGUCGACUGAUCCUUUCUUGAUUUCAGACUACACACACGGUGGAUGGUACACCGGCCCCACCUACAGGCCUCAAAACGUGCUCUUUACCAACUGUCUGGAGAUCAUUGAAAAAAUCUGGGAUCUACCAGAGAAGGUGGCUCUGUACUUUGUCUCUGGAAUCUGUGCUGGCCUAGUUUUCCUGCUCUGCCUGUUUGGUGUACGCUCCUCACUAGUCAGAGAUGUGAAGGAUCUGUUCUCUGACCUUAAGGAGGAUCUGAAAGUGUCUCGCAGACAGCGCAACGACCUCAUGGAGGACCUCUUCGAGGACGAUGUCUCAGACACGUCGUCCUUCUGUCGCCUCACAAAAUCCCACCGCACGACGGACAUCUUCAGCCCCCCCACGCCGGCGGUAGAGAUGGUCGAUCGUGGGGUGGAACGGAUGAGGGAUCUGCCCAACGGAGACAUUUGGCCUCGUGGAGACUCCAGCCCUUACGCCAUUCACAAGAUUCAAACUUACGACAACUGA